GGUGCUGCGACAGAACUUUGUCAGUAUGUCGCGAGCAUCAGUGAUACCAUCAGUACUGGUCAUGGGUGCUCUGGCUGUACAUAUAUCAGGCGUGAAGAUUUUCUCUAAACCUAAAGACUGCUCUGUCAAUUUAGAAGAAUGCAUAGCAGAACACAAUUUGUGCAAAAGAGAGGGGAGCCUUCUCGAAUCCAUGUGUGGAAUUGAAGGUAGACCCUGCCAACUGGAGGACCCUGCCAUCUGUAACAUGACCAUUCAGUUCAUGUUGAGCGGCAUUUCCAUACGGAGAGGAUGCUUCUGCCAGUGGGAGGAAGAGCCAUGCACCCUCCUGAACCUGCUUACUGCAUCCUGCCAACAGCACAAGGCUGAACAAAAGACGGUUCCCAAGAUGAAAAGGCCAGAUAGUGGUCUCUCAGGAUAUGUGCCUGGCAUGAGCUAUUCUUGUAGUGGACAAAUGAAUAUUUGCCUUGAGGAUGAAGCCUGCAAUAGAUGGCUGGUGCCUCUGGUGAAGGCCUGUUCAAGCCCAUGCAACCAAUCACAGUGUGGCCAGAGAAUUCAGCAGUUUUACAAGGGCAUGCCACAGACUACUGCGGAGAAGCUGGUCUUCUGCACGUGCGAACCAGAGGACCAGGAGUGUCAGGUGAUGAGAGCCAAUCUGCAUGGUGGCACAUGUGAGGACACUGAGGAAGACUGGACUUGUUUGGAGAUGUUAGACAGCUGUGUGGAGAGCCUGAUGUGCAGAGAACGAUUUGGCACCCUCUUGUCAAAAUGCCUGGGAAUUGAGCCAGUUGGCCCUGACGCCAAUUCCUACUCUGAGUGGGUUAAUCUCAUUGACUCACAGCAGAGUUGGAGCCAAGACAGAGAAUGCAAAAUGGCACUUGUGGCUUCAAUGGGCACUAUGCUGCAGCAACCAUGCAGCUGUGAUGGCCUCCCCAUCUACGAGCUCCACAAAUGCAACAUACUCCAUCAGCUUCUACACAACAAGUCCAUUUUUAUUAGUCAUUUGGCUAUAACUGGAGCUCCUGAUCAGUCAUCAGAGGCAAAUGAAUGGAUAUCUGCACAAUGGCGGUGGAGUGAUCAUCUGUAUAUAUUUGUGUACAGCCUCUUGGUUGUGGCAAUAUUAGGUGUCGUUAUUAUUGUUCUGCACAAAUUGGGGAGGCAGAAAGCGGUUGCAGACCAACUCAGAUAUGGCACUCCUUCACAAAAGAACAGUGGCACUGAUGCUAAUAGAUGUCAAUAUUAAAAACAUCUCCUACAGUAUAUGUUUAAUUACUCUGUAUUUCUUGUAGUUUUAGUGAAUUCAUUCAUUGAGCUAAGAUACUGUAAAUACAUGUUAAAUUACUGUGGUAUCUACUGGUGAUACAAAAAAGUCUGAGCCAAUUACAGCAUUAAGUAAGAAAUAGAAAAACAUCUGAUCUAUUGCAGUCAAAUACAUGAACUAGUGACCCCGAUCUGAUAACUGCCACUAAUCACUACACAAGAUAAAAACAACCCUACCUGUGGUUUGUAGAGAAUUCUAUCACCAUUUUUUUUCAGAAAGUCUUUAUUUAGAAAGACCAGGGAACAUAAAGUAUCAGCUCCGCUGUGUGAAUAACUCAUGAAUAUACAGUACCUGGGAAUGGGAUGUUUGCCAAGCAUGCCUUGUUAUUGGCAAUUGAUCAUAAUCUUUUACACGACAUGUUCCGCUACUAUCUAUAUUCAUGGGUUUCAUCAGGUCCCUUUCCACAAGUGUAUUAAUCAAGCACCAUGCAGUCUGCAUUGAUAAUUAAGGUGCUUGAUUUUAUACACCUGUGGAAAGGGACCUGAUGAAACCCAUGAAUAAAUAUCGAAAUACUAAAACUUUUUGGCAGUACUUAAUGGACUAUAGGUCUAUAUUAUACUCGAUGUGAUGUAUGCUUUGAUUAGCUAUACAAUCUUUAAAGAGCUGUAUUUGUUCAUAGGUGAGUGCCCUUCCACCUAUUCUCCACUCUCUCAGGCUGAAAUCAUCAUGCCACUCUCUCCAUAAAGAGACGCUUAAAUAAAUAUUUUGACUUCCACACAGAUGUCUCCUCUACUUUGCAUAUUAUGUGUUCUGAUUACAGUGGACAGCGAAUGGCUGGUGUGAACAGCACCCUCUUGGUGUAGAAUUAGUGCCAGGAUAUAGCAUUUAUAUUUUACAUGCAUAAUAAAACUUCAGUUUUGUUUACCCAGAGUGCCCUGGUUAUUUUAAGGAAAGUCUUUAAAAAUGCUUGACAGUAAGUCAGUAACUGAUUAUUCAGCUGGCU